AUGUCUCGGCCCGAGGACACACUCGCGGCCGAUGUCCACUACAAUGACACUGAGGCCCGCAAGUACACGACAAGCAGCCGCAUCCAAAACAUCCAAGCCUCCAUGACCCGCCGAGCCCUGGAGCUCCUCGACCUCGAAGAACCAUCCUUCAUCCUCGACGUCGGUUGCGGCAGCGGCCUGUCAGGCGAGAUUCUGACCUCGGAACCCGAGGAGCAGGGCGGUCCACACAUCUGGGUCGGCAUGGACGUCUCACCGUCCAUGCUGGACGUGGCCCUCCAGCGAGACGUCGAGGGCGACCUGCUGCUCGCCGACAUAGGGCAGGGCGUGCCGUUCCGCGCGGGCACGUUCGACGCGGCAAUCAGCAUCAGCGCCAUCCAGUGGCUCUGCAACGCCGAAAGCAGCGAGACGAGCCCCGAGGGCAGGCUGUCGAGGUUCUUCAACGGGCUGUACGCCAGCCUGAAGAGGGGCGGCAAGGCCGUGUGCCAGUUCUACCCCAAGAACGACAAGCAGAAGCACAUGAUCACCCAGGCCGCGGUCAAAGCGGGCUUCGGCGCGGGUAUACUCGAGGACGACCCGGAGACCAAGAACGUCAAGCUGUAUCUGGUGCUCACGGUCGGCGGCACCAGCGGCGACAUCACGGGGGUCGUGAAGGGCAUGGACGGCGUGGACGUCCAGGACUCGAGGAGGCAGGGCAAGAACGGCAAGGGUGACAUCAAGAAGGGCAGCAAGGCUUGGAUUGUCAAGAAAAAGGAGCAGAUGGAGCGCAAGGGCAAGAUCGUCAAGGCCACUUCCAAGUAUACUGGAAGGAAACGGCGGGCGCAGUUCUGA